AUGAGCUCGCCGCCGCCCGGUUGGCCUCCCCUCGCGUCCAGCCCAGCGGCGCUCACCGACUUGGCGAGAGCGCUCGGCGCCACCGACGCCACGCUGUCCGACGUGCUCGGGCUGGACGACGAUCUGCUGGCGCUCCUUCCUUCGCCGUGCCUCGCACUGAUCCUCAUCUAUCCCACGGUCAGCGCGGCAGAGAGCUUUUGGGCAGAGCGUUGCGAGCCUUCGAAGCUUCGCCCGGUCUUCCUGCGGCAGCGUGUGGGCGGCUCGUGCGGCACCGUCGCACUCCUCCACGCGCUCUCCAACAGCACGCCGGCGCUCGCUGUUGAGCCGGGAUCGCCACUAGAGGAGCUCCUCUCCACGCCAGAGCCGGGCGACGGCGAGGCGGCGCUCGUCGCACGACGCUCCGAGUGGCUGGCGAACUCGACUGCGGUGCGGGCGGCGCAUGAGCGGUGCACGCGGCUGGCGGUGCUCGACGGCCGGCAGCCGCACGCCAGGGUCGUCGCCGGCAUCUCGACCUGCGCCACAGGCUUCCUCUCCGCCGCCGCUGCCGAGGCCGCCGCGCUGAUGGCCACCGUCGGGCGCGCAGAGGCAGCGGCGGCGGGCGAUGGCGCAGUUGGCGGCGCCGACGCAGCGCCGCGCUCGGCGCUGAACGCUUUUAGCAUGCUUGCCAUGAGCGCCGCUCCGCGAGAGGUGGGAACUAGGGAGGGUGCGGGCGGUGUAUGA